GCCACGGCGGACUGGGAAAGAGUCGGCGAUCGCUUCUAUCGUAAGACGCAGCUGUACACAUCCGUCUUUGACCCGGAGCUGGAACUCGAGAACCAUGUGCUAGUCGGCGCUCCACUGGCCGGCGCCAUAGCAAUCUACCGCGACGACUCCAAACUAUAUGCCUACCGUACCACUCAUGCUGCCCGUCCUUCCAUCGACCUCUACACAUGCUCGGGCAAGCUCAUCCACCGCAUCAACUGGGACAAGGGUGCAAUCCAGGGCUGCGGCUGGUCUGAAGAUGAGAGAUUGAUUAUUGUCACAAACGAUGGCACCGUCAGAAUAUACCACGACCUCAGCGGCGACUUCAUUCCCUUCAGCCUAGGCCACGGCGCCGAAGAGCAUGGCGUCGUCUCGUGCCGCUUCUGGUCCUCAGGCUUCGUUGCUCUCCUCGGAAACAACCAAUUGGUCUGUGUCUCACGCUACGACGAACCACGUCCGACCCUCCUGGCCACUCCUCCAGAGGGCGAAAUCUUGUCGUGGGCUGUCAUUCCUCCGGCCUUUACUUUGUCUCGCUCUGUCGAAGCCAUCCUGGCCAUUGACGAUACCAUUGUCAUCGUCGACGCUUCUGAGGCCCAGGAUCGCAAGCUACAGAACGGUCCUUUUAAACUCGUCUCUGUGGCCCCCAAUGCCAAGUUCAUCGCUCUUUACACUCAAGAUGGCAAGGUCUGGGUCGUCAGCAGCGACUUCGAGAACCGCUUGACCGAGUACGACUCGCGCGUCAAGACUCCACCAAAGGAUCUGCAAUGGUGUGGCAACAAUGCCGUCGUUCUGGCUUGGGAGGACGAGGUGCAUUUGGUUGGCCCGAAUGGCGCUGCUUCUAAACACUACUACGACUCUUGGGUCCAUCUCUCACCCGAAAUCGACGGCAUCCGCAUCUUCACAAGUGAUGUCUGCGAAUUCAUCCAGAAAGUGCCAGAGGUUUCCGAGGACACUUUUAGACUGGGCUCCACAUCACCUGCAUCAGUCUUGCUUGACGCAGCCGAGCAACUCGACAAAAAGUCUCCCAAAGCCGACGAGAACAUCCAACUCAUUCGACCAAAUUUGGACGAAGCUGUCGACACCUGUAUCAGCGCAGCUGGCCAUGAGUUCAGCGUUCAUUGGCAGAAACAGCUUUUGAAGGCUGCCUCGUUCGGUAAAUCAGUGCUUGACCUAUACAACAGCGACGAAUUCGUCGACAUGUGCGAGACGUUACGCGUCCUGAAUGCUGUCCGCUUCUUCGAGAUCGGCCUGCCUCUCAGUUUCGAUCAAUAUACUCGCUUGACGCCUGCAAAUCUAGUUCAGAGAUUGAUCAAUCGUAAGGAGUAUUUGCUUGCUAUCAAGAUUUCUGAGCACCUCGACUUGCCACUCGACAAGAUUUAUGUACACUGGGCACGCCAGAAGGUGCGUAGCUCCACGAGUGACGAGGAAGACAUUUGUGCCGAAAUCGUAGAGAGAUUGCAAGGCAAGCGAGGUAUCUCAUUCGAGGAGAUUGCACAGACGGCGUAUGAAGAAGGCCGUGGCAAGCUUGCAACAGAACUGCUCGAACACGAACCACGAGCCGGCAAGCAAGUACCGCUUCUGCUCAACGUGGAGGAGGAUUCACUUGCCUUGGACAAGGCCAUCGAGAGUGGAGACACCGAUUUGGUGUACCAUGUGCUGCUACAUCUGAANAAGAAGCUGCCACUCGCCACGUUCUUCCGCACGAUCAACGGUCGACCGGUCGCGACUGCACUUGUUGAAGCGUCGGCGUGGGAUCAAGACCAGGAACUGCUCAAAGACUUGUUCUACCAAGACGACCGAAGACUUGACAGUUCGAAUCUAUUGCUGUCAGAUUCACUCAAUGCCGCAGAUGCGAAUGCUCUUAGCGACAAGCUCAAAAUGGCCUCAAAGAUCCUUCAGGAGUCAAAAGACCAAUCAAUACAAGUACGAGGUAUUGACGAAGAGCAGAAGCUACUCAAACUACAGGAUACGUUCAAACGAGAUCUCGACGAAAACUUCAGCGGCCUUAGUAUCAAUGAGACGAUAUACAAACUUAUCCGACUGGGCAACGUGAAGAGAAGNUCAAAAAUCCAGUCCGAAUUCAAGGUCUCAGAUAAGGUGUAUUGGUGGAUACGCCUGCGCGCACUCAUCUCGCGUCGUGACUGGCGCGAGCUUGAGGACUUGUCAAAAACUCGCAAGAGUCCUAUCGGCUGGGAGCUGGCGUCUCUGUUCAUACCUAAAUGCACGAGUCUGACAGUAGAGGAACGUGUGGAGUUGUGGACGAAGUGUGGACUGAUAGUACGCGCUGCCGAGGAGGCGGCCAAGGCUCGCAAUCUCAGGUUGCUCGAGUCGCUUCGUGAGAAGGCUACGGGUCAGGCAGCUACAGAUGUCGAGAGGCUGAUUCAGCAGGUAUCGAAGAAAUAG